CCAAACUAACUCAUCCAAAGUGUUGAGUCCUUCCAUUGUAUUUGUGUCUCUCUGAACCCUGUCAAAUCAUCAGAUGGCACUCUGCACUCACCCCAAGCUCGAGACUCGGUGCUUCCAUGGCGGCCACAACUCCUGUAUUUUCGGAGCUAGUAGAAGAAGGAACAUGGGUGCAUUUGUUAGCUUUAGCAGAGUGAAAAUGGCCGCUUCAAGUGGAGGAGAAAUGAUGGGCUAUGAAGAAGGAGCGUUAGAAAGACCCAAAUGGUCUGGUGAAACUCCUCUUUCCCGGCUCGUUCGGGCUCUCAUCUCAUUUAAACCGCUUUACUCUCUUCUCAAGCUCGGUGCGCGUCAAGUUCUUAUCAGUACAGCUGAAAAGAAAAACAUACCAUGGAGAGAAAUGACUAAAGAGAUUCUUGAUUCUGAUGUUUAUAAGCUCAUGGAUGAUAUUCAGGACACUUCCCUCGUUUAUCCUGAUUAUUAUCUUAAUCCUUUUCAUGCUUAUGACGAGGGAAACCUUUCUUGGCUUGCUGCAGCUGAAGCAGAGGCUGCGACUAUGUCAAUGGUGAGGCGAGCAAUACCUGAUGCCUCUUCGCUGGAUGAAGCAAAUCAGAUAGUUCGUGGAAAUUGGCUUCAGGCAAUUGAUCAACAUCAUACUAUGUACUCAGGGAGUACAACGAUUAAAGACAUUCUUGAUAUUGGAUGCUCAGUUGGUGUGAGCACCAGAUUUCUUGCUGAUAAGUAUCCUUCUGCUAGAGUUACUGGUUUGGACUUGUCCCCUUAUUUUCUUGCUGUUGCUAAGUUCAAGGAAUUGAAGAGCUCACCACGAAAGAAUCCGAUCAGCUGGAAACAUGCAAAGGGUGAAGACACAAGUUUACCCUCCCAAUCAUUUGACAUUGUUUCCAUUUCUUACGUGUUUCAUGAAUGUCCGACAAAAGCAAUAAUUAAUCUAGUAAAGGAAGCAUUUCGUCUCCUUAGACCUGGAGGCACCUUGGCUAUCACUGAUAAUUCGCCAAAAUCAAAGAUCCUCCAGGAAUUAUCGCCUGUUCUGUUUACUCUUAUGAAAAGUACUGAGCCUUUCCUGGAUGAGUAUUACCUGACUGAUCUGGAAGCAACUAUCAAAGAAGCUGGAUUUGUGAAUGUACAGACAAUUCUUACGGAUCCUAGACACAGAACUGUGACUGCUACUGUUCCUCGUUAACGUUUCAAGUCAUCUGCAUCACAGAGUUUUAGCUUAUAUGUGAAUAAACUGCAAUCAGAUAUAGUACAUUUUUGUUCCAAAUUUAAGUUGGGCUGAGUUUUUGAUCAAACAGCCAACAGGCACUUUCGAGUUUCCAGUGGCCUCAUUGUAUUUUGUGUAUAACCUUCCUUCUAUAAAUGUUCUCUCCACUAUUUAAACCA